AUGAAGACCUCUCGUAUAAUUUCAUGGCACUUAUGCCUUCAAUUUCUCUCUCUACCCUUUCUCUUCUUCGCAGUCUUCUCUUCUGCUUCAAAGCUUAAUAAAAUUCCGAAACUAAGUCCAACUGGUCAUCACGAAACGUUCCUUCACGACCCCGAAACUCCGACGGCGGAUUCUCUUUCGGAAGAUUAUGAAACGUUUUUCUACAACCAAACACUCGACCACUUCAACUAUAGGCCAGAAAGUUACUCCACUUUUCGACAACGAUAUGUUGUCAACUCUAAGUAUUGGGGAGGCUCUAAUGCACCAAUAUUUGCUUAUUUGGGAGCAGAAGCUCCUUUGGACGGCGAUCUCUCCGUUAUUGGAUUCCUCACUGAUAACGCCCUUGAGUUUAAAGCUCUCCAAAUCUACAUAGAGCAUAGAUAUUAUGGGAAGUCAAUUCCAUAUGGGUCAAGGGAAGAGGCACUGAAUAAUGCAAGCACUUUGGGAUAUUUCAACUCGGCUCAAGCCAUAGCAGAUUAUGCAGAAAUUCUCCUACAUGUAAAGCAGAAAUUUCAUGCAGAAAAAUCGCCUGUCAUUGUUAUAGGCGGAUCUUAUGGAGGAAUGUUAGCAUCUUGGUUUAGGCUGAAAUAUCCCCAUAUAGCACUUGGAGCUCUUGCGUCAUCAGCUCCAAUCCUUUACUUUGACAAUAUCACAUCACAAGAUGGAUACUACUCCAUUGUCACCAAGGAUUUUAUAGAAGCUAGCGAGAGUUGCUAUAAAAUCAUAAAAAAAUCAUGGUCUGAAAUUGAUAAAGUUGCUGCUUUGCCGAAUGGUCUCUCAUUACUGAGUAAAAAAUUCCACACUUGCCGUCCUUUAAAGAAGUCAUCAGAGCUGAAGGAUCACCUGGAAUCAACGUAUGCUACUGCUGCACAAUACAAUCAUCCACCAAGAUAUCCAGUUAAUGUGAUAUGUGGAGCAAUUGAUGGAGCUAAUAAUGAUGAUGGUAUUCUGGGCAAAAUAUUCGCUGGCCUUGCUUCUUAUAGAACUAAUAGGACAUGUUACGUUAAUCAACCUCGAAAUCUUUCUGAAACUGAUGUGGGCUGGAAUUGGCAGACAUGCAGUGAGAUGGUGAUCCCCAUAGGCAUCAGCAACAAUACCAUGUUUCCCGCUUCUCCUUUUGAGCUACAGGACUUCAUAAAUGAAUGCAAGGCCGCUUAUGACGUUCCUCCACGCCCUCAUUGGGUCACUACUUACUAUGGAGGCAAAGAUAUAAAGCUGAUACUCCGCAGGUUUGCUAGCAACAUCAUUUUCUCCAACGGCCUGCGAGACCCUUAUAGCAGCGGAGGGGUCUUGGAGAACAUAUCAAAGAGUGUUGUUGCCGUGACCACAACCAAAGGGUCUCAUUGCUUAGAUAUUCUUCAAGCAAAGGAAACUGAUCCAGAUUGGUUAGUCAAGCAGCGGAAGGUUGAAGUCAAUAUCAUUAAAAGAUGGAUCGCCCAGUACUAUUUUGAUCUUGAAGUUUUGCGAAAAAUACCUUCAUAAUGCUAAAGACUCGAGGCAAUUUAAUUUCUUCUUGAACGAAAAUAGUUCAGUAUCAUAUCCAAAAUAAGGUCUUCAAUGCUAUAGACCUUUUUCACUAAAUUUAUUCUUAAGAAUGUUUAGACUUUAUCUUUUCUGUCAA